CUUGAAAAUGGUACAGCGGCUUACGUUCAGACGACGUUUGUCGUAUAACACAAAGUCGAACCAGAGGAGAAUAGUAAGAACCCCUGGUGGACGUCUGGUAUAUCAGUAUGUCAAAAAGCCCAAGAAGAUCCCGAGAUGUGGCCAGUGCAAAAGCAAGUUACGUGGUAUCCAGCCUGCACGGCCCGCUGAACGUUCUCGCCUCUGCUACCGCAAGAAGACUGUCAAGCGUGUCUAUGGUGGUGUUCUCUGCCAUAAAUGUGUGAAACAGCGUAUUGUCAGGGCCUUCCUCAUCGAGGAACAGAAGAUAGUGAAGGUCCUCAAGGCGCAACAAGCUACCAGUAGCAAAGGCAGCAAGAAGGUUGCCAAGUGAACAUCUGUUUAGGGUAGAAUAAAAACUUAAAAAACUUA